AUGUCGCCCAAGCUGACAAGUCGUUGGGUACACAAUAUAAUGCCGUCAACGAAUACGCCAGUUACAAAAACACAAUUUUCACCCAUCGUCUUCCAGAAUCGACCGCCCAACAGAGCCCAUUAUUGGUGGCUUUGCAUUCCAGACUUCAUCUUCCCAAAGCUUAUACGUUCUCAACGUUUGUCCCAGGCGUUAAAUAUGAGAAAGCAUGGCGGUUUAGCCAAUAAUUUUGGUUUGAGUACUUUGGGUAAAACUCUUUUAUCAUACUAUGUUUCGGAAUAUCUCUUGGUGAGAUACCCUCGAUUGCCCAUGGGGGUCCACAACGCUGCUGUAGAUGCGUAUAUGGGGGCUGAAACGUUGGGCGAGAUGGGGAGAUCAUGGGGAAUCGAAGUUGACAAUUCAGAUCGAUUGGAGAAGUAUUUGGCCAAAGAGCCCGAAUUCAUGCAAUAUGGAAAAUUGCGGUUUGGAGACAAUAGAACCAAUUUCACAGACAGAGAAGAUGGCGUGACCGAGUUGUCGGAGGCGGAAAUGGCACGGUUGCGCAACAAUGUAAAUACCAGUGAUGAGACCCAAGCUUAUGCCUCUGCUGUGAGAUCGAUAAUAGGUGGAUUAUAUACCCACUGUGGUGAAGGAGCCACCAAGCAAUUCAUCAACGACCACGUUUUGUCACGAAAGGUGCCGCUUGAACAAAUGUUCCAAUUUUCCAAACCCACCCGAGAAUUGGUACGACUCUGCGACAAGCUCGGAUUCAAAGAUCCAGUAGAAAUCAGACUUAUAGCCGAAACGGGAAGAUUAUCAGCACACGCCAUUUACGUUGCCGGUGCGUUCACAGGAGGAGAGAAGCUUGGCGAGGGAAUUGGCUCGUCGAUUCAAGAAGCCAAAACCAGAGCCGUGGUCAAUGCGUUGAUGUCAUACUACUUGUACUCGCCAAUAACUUCCGAUGGAAACCAAGUCAAAUUGCCUAGCGACAGCAGCUACAAGUUCGAGGGUAUCGUGGGCGAGGGAGACGUAGCUAUUUAG